ACGGAUGUAUUAUGUGAUGCAUCUGAGCAUUUAUUUUGGUAACGCAAAUAAAACCAAUCUUUGGAAGCAAUUACCCGUACAUGUGCAUACUGGACAUUCAAUAUUACCAAGUAUAUAACUCAUACUUAUAAACAAUACACCGCCAUGUAAACACUUCAGAAGGAGAUUGUUAUUGACCGGUAAAGGACGACUGUACUAAUUUGCUGCCCCGCAAUAACGUGUAACAUAACAAGGACCCCAUGCAUCGUAAUAUGAAAUGGGUGAUAUUUAAGGAGCCGUAACUAAUUGUUGCGUCUUUAUUGUAAAAAGCGGUUUGUUUACAUGUUUAUUUUACGUCGCAUUAUAGAAGCACACAGCAACUUACUUUCAACCUUGUGUAACUCGCUUCGAAAAAAAGAACAAGGAAACUCGAGAUGACAAAGAACGGCAUAAAGAAUAAAGCAUAACAAUAUAAAAGGAAAUAUGGAAUAAAAAAAGGAAUAAGGAAAUAAGCCAAAUCACAAUUUUCGGAGGGUCAGGGACUACAUAUCCCAGGAUGCACUGCUCGGCCUCACCGGAAGGAAGUGGGUUGUUAAGCAGCUGAUGCUUGUUUGGCGGCAGUUUUGAUUUAAGUUUUUCCCCCACUUGAUCUGAGAUGGAUGAUUCGGUGUGGAAACUGCUGAGACGGGUUCUGCAGAGGAUACCCGCGUCCAGAGUGCAGGCUGUGCUGACCAAGUGGGACCACCUAUCGAGAAGGCAGCUGCAGUCUCUCAACUUCGCUCAGUCUCGACAGCAGCUGUGGGAGAACGUCAUUGCUCUUUGCCAGGAAAAUGGCAUGACGAUGAAACAUGUGACAGAACUGGAUUUGAUUUACCGCAUUGAAUAUCCUGAUCAGGGGAACUGGCAGGUCUAUCAGCUGUGUGACCCUAAAGAUGAAGUGUUGUCUUCAGGUUUGAUUGAAUUCAGGCAGCAGUUCAAAACCCACCUUAAAGAACUCAUCAAUCAUGUAUCCAUAAAAAUAAAGAAACAUGACGAUGAGGCUGUAUGGAUCCGCAUUGCCUGGGGUGACAAUUACACAAAGCCAAAUCAUUUUAAACCAACAUACGUGGUGCAUUAUCUUCAGACUCCGUAUGUGUUUCUGUCUGGCGUCAGUGUGAAGCACAGACCUUUAUUGUAUGAGGCUUUGGUUCUUGCUGCACAAUAUGAGUCCAUCAAGGACAUUCACCUCAGUGGGCGAUGCUUCACUUCACUGAGAGAUCUGUUGAUGUUGAAGCAGACUUUUCCGGCACACCACCCAAGGCCCUUACAGGACCGAAACCCCCCUAACUCUGCAGAUCCCAAUAUUCAAAAUGAACAUGAAAAACAAGUGGAAGAUGCCUUACAGAUAGCUUCUGAAGCAUUUGGAGACGGCCCUUUGCCCAGGCUACAAACAGCUGUUUAUAAGUUGGAAACAAAGUUCAAAGAUCCUGAAAAUGGACUAUUGAGUAACCGGCAAGAACCAUUUAAAGGAGUUGUCAAGUUUUCUAGCAGCAGUCUCCUGGACUCCUUAUCAUAUGCUGUGACUUCAGGCAUUGCAAGUGCGCCUGUGACACCUCUGCUUUCGUCUAUAACCCGGAAAGGACGGAAUUACUUUCUCAUUACAGAUAAGGGUCCUGGAGUCUCCGCAAAUACUCCUGGACCUAAAAUCUGAUCAUUCCCAUGCUUUUGUGUCAUAGUUGCUUUUGUUGUAUAAUGGUCUCUGUUUUUUUAAGUGAUUUUUUUUAAUUGUUGCAUGUAAGUGCUUGUAUACUAUUUAAAGAAUUGCUUUUCUUUUCAUUGUUGUGAAGGUUUUGGGUUUCACUGUUUGUCACGGAGUUCUUACAGUGUGAGUACUUGAGGUGUAUCUGUCAUUUUAUAAAAAUGAUGACCUGCAAAACAGAGUACUCUUAAAUGUCUUUAGUAUGCUUAUUUUUACAAAAACACUGCUAACCAACAUGUAAAUUGUUAAUUUACUCUUUAAAUAAAGUUUAAUUUCAAGAAGA